AUGGUCGCAAACGUGGCGUACGCGGCGUUGCGCGACGCAUUGGCGCAGUCGCAGAGCAACCAUGAUCGCCUGGCGAGCUUUGUAGGGUCGCUCAACCAGCGGCUCUCGGCCUUAGACACGGCAUUGCGACCAACGCAGGAGCACACCUGUGCCAUCCGCAAGGUGCGCGUGAAUGUGGACAAGGCGCUCACGGCUGCUGAGGUGGUGCUGGAGAAGUAUGACGUGGCGAGGCAGGUGGAGGGGUGCAUCAAGGAGGGUCCCCAGGCCGACCUAGAGCCAUACCUGGCAGGCAUAGCGCGGCUGCACGAGGGCGUGGCGUACUUUGAGGCGCACCGGUCGUUCAAGAGCGCGGAGGCGGCUCUGGCUCACUCCAAGGCGCUGCUGAGGGAGGGCCACCACCGACUAGAGAAUGCUCUCCGGCAGCAAUUGUUGCAGUUCACCAAGGAACCGGACCCAGCCAAACUGUGGGACGCGAGCCAGCAGGGCGAGGAGGAGGCGGGCGGGGAGGGCGAGAAGGUGGCGGGCGGGGAGGGCGAGGAGGAGCGCAACCGGUUGCCGGUGCUGCUGGCGGAUGGCAGGGCGGGCGACCGCAUCCGCGAGCUGGCAGAGGCGCUCAUACAGAUUGGGCGGGGCGAUAAGUGCCUCAAGACGUACAUAGAGGUGCGCGGCAUGAUGGUGGAGGCGGGGUUGAGGCGCAUUGGCGUGGAGAGGCUCACCCACGAGGAGAUGGACUGCAUGGUCUGGGUGGAGCUGGACACGCGCAUUGCAGGCUGGAGGAAGCACAUCAGCCUCGUGGUGCACGUGGUGUUCCCUGCGGAGAGGGAGCUGUGUGGGACGGUGCUGGCGGGGUUGGAGCCGCACACAGGCAAGGCGUUUGCGGACCUGGCGGGGCUCACGCUCGGCAUGCUCUUUGGCUUCGGGGAGGCCGUGGCAAGCCAGAAGAAGCCGCUGAGCAAGGCAAAGGAGCUGAUGAACACGUUUGAGAAGCUGUUGCUCAUGUAUGACACCACGUGCAAGCUCAUGCCGCAGGUCGAGGUGGUGUUUGCAGGCCCGGCGUGUGAUAGUAUCCGGGGCAGUGCGCAGCAGCUGCUGCAGCACCUGGCGGCGGCGGCCAAGGAGGCGUUUUACGGCUUUGAGCGCGCCGUGGAGAGCGAUGAGAGCAUGCACUCCCCACCUCUGAGUAUGCCGCUUGAUGGCAUCAGGCAUUCGCUCACGAGCUUCGUCUUCAACUUCCUCGACUUUCUCACUGAUGAUGACUACCAGGCCACCAUGCAGCAGCUCUUUGGGAGCAGCAGCCUCUUCAGCGAGGCAACGAAGCGGGUGUUGGCAGCGCUGUACAGCAACGUGGAGAGGAGGAGCCGGCAGUACGGCGAUGCAGCGCUCGCACAGUUCUUCCUCAUGAACAACACACACUACGUUGUGGAGGGCGUCCACAAGGGCAGGCUGAAGGAGGUGGUGGGGGCGGACUGGAUCUACCGGCAGCGGCGCAUCGUGCAGCAACAUGCCGUGACGUACCGACGGACUUCAUGGAACAAGAUUAUUGGGCUGCUGUCGUCGGCAGGGCUGGCAGAGGAUGGCAAGGAGGGCAGCGUAAGCCGCGGCAUUCUCAAAGAAAGAUUCCGUGUGUUCAGCGCCACGUUUGAGGAGCUGCAUGGCUCACAGUGCGUGUGGAAGAUCCCCGACCCCGAGCUGCGGUCCGCCUUGCAGCUGCAGAUUGCUGAGCUGCUGCUGCCCGCCUACCGCUCCUUCGUGCAGCGAUACACCCCGGUGCUGAGGAGCGGCGGUGUCUUUGGGCGGGGCAGCGAGGCGGCCAGCAAGUACAUUCGAUUCACUGAUGAGGCCCUCGAGGUGCUGCUCCACGAGUUCUUCCAAGGCAGGGAGAGCCGCAACAUCCUCCUCACCCAACCCUCCGCGGCAUGCUAG